CCUUUGAACGAUGUAGUCAGAGGAUCAGGGUAGAGCUGCGUAUCCCUCGUAUAUCAUAAGGCUCAUGCAACGGAGCAGAGACGUCGCCUCUAAGCACGCCCAGUGUUUGGAUGCCCAGCGGCUGUCUUGACUCUCCGCCGUGAGAAGCAAGGAUCGCCCAUUCGACAACGCGUUUGACGAGACGACCUUGCCUUCGCUUUGAGAACAUACCGGAUAUUUAGAAGUAACACUUCUGAGCUCGAUGGCCGUAAAGAGUUGCCGACAGAUGGCUUCUCGAGGAUAGGGCGCUGAUGCGUAGAGCAACGGGGAUGCGCAUGGUCGCAUUGGCGACGAAAAUGAACACGUCGCAACGAAGGAUGCAUAUGCCGCGAAGUAUUGCGCGAUCCAUGGCUUGGUUUCUGCGGCAUCUGACGUCUUCAUGUUGGGAGUUCCAAGGACAUUCGCGCGUAGCUUCCACGCCGCGUGUCGCAGCAGAAUCUUCCCAGCUCUUUCAUAACCACAGAACUAAUAGUGACCAACAGAUGCCUCAGGCUGAGAACCAAUGGAUAGGCAGCCUUCUCGAUAAAGAGGUGAGGUUGGACUGUAAGCAUGCCGGCCGAAGUCAGGGAAGGAUGACGUGUGGAAGCAAGUGUGGGUCUUCCGCCCAGCCACCCGGAUGUUGUGCAGCCGUGAACAUCAGUUCUCAUCGUCACAGCGAAUCUGGCAUCUCCGAAACGCUUCAGACCCCUACUCAUGGAUCAGAGAUAUGUUGUCGUAUGCGACAGAGCAUGCGAACGUCAGCAAACAACCGGCGAUCAAGAAGAGAUACCUACCACUGCGAGCUACGCGGCAUACAUACGUUCACGACCGCGAUGCACGAGACCCGCAGGCUGGAUUAGAGUCUGAUGAUAUUGAACAUUGAACUUUCUGAUGCGCACUCAAACAAGACUCCAGGAAGACUGCCGGCUUUCUCCAUCUCCAGUCGCUGCUCGCAACCCUUAAACGUCCACAUUAUCGGGGUCUCCGACAUCUUAUAACUAUCUCCGCCCUCCAGCUCUUCGGCAAUUUUCGACCCUCCAAAAGGUACCAGAAU